GUUCGGGAAUAUUUUUAAGUGCAAAACAAAAAAAUAGCCCUAUAAAAUUUGAUUUUUUUUUUCCCAUCUGAUCCACGUGUGAAAUUGAAAUGAACUUGAGGUAGAGAGAGUGAUCCAUGGUUCAUCGUGACAAACGGAGCAGUGAACAUGAACAGCAGAGGGAACAACCCUCAGAAAAUUUUGACUCUAAAGGGGAGAUUUGUAAUGUAGGGGCGUCUGCCCUGAGCAGCUGCAAGAUAAAUCCCCCAUGGAGUCCAGACAUCGGUGGUGGUGAUGAUUCUGCUGAGACUGGUAGGCUGAUGAGGCUGAUGAAGCUGAUGAAUCUGAUGUAUCUGUAAAGACUGGGCAGUGAUGGCUCAGCAUCUGUGCUUGUUGUUACUCCUGUGCUUGUGCCUGGCGUUGGGUGGCGUCCCCGGUCCAUGCCGACAUUCGAUAACCCAGGAUCAUCUUCUGAACCUUAAUCGCCUGAUUGACAAUCAGUUGGAUCAUGGCUGUAUUAUAAUCUAUCCAUUCAUAGAACAUCUGGAUUUGAGUAAAGUCUGUUACAUCAAAGCAGCCUUCCCACAAAUCCUGGAGCUUCUGAGCAUGCAUUUCCAUUAUGCCAGGAAUUCAGAUAACAGAAGAUAUGUCAACAUCUUGGAAAAGGUUAUCUACAAUCUCUAUUCUCAAGGAUGCAUACCUGAAGUCAAUGAAGAGUUUGAGGACAGCCCGGUGCGGUUCAUAAGCAUGGUAGAAAGCUCUCCUAAGGAGGCUUUGGAAAAGGCCAGAGGUGUCAUCCAGAUGUAUAUGAGCCUGAUGACAGAGAGUACAGGCCCUGUGGACUGGGACUGUCAGGCAGAGUAUGCUGCUGAGGAGGAUUCAGAAUCGACCACCGUCGCUGACACCAGCACCAGAGACUCUGCUGUCCUGUUCUGUUGAGCUCUGAGAGCAGCUGGAGGUCAUCAGGCAGAACUGCAGUCCAAAGAUGAACUCUUGUUACCCUUUCCUGGAAGCCUUCUCUGUUGUGUUUUUAACAGUGCUUGACACCUCUGAGAAUGUUUCACCCCUUGAAAGUGGAGGAUUUAACAUGAAAGAUGUGUUUAUUUUUUACUACAAAAAAAGAUAUAUUGUUUUUUAUACUAUAAUAAAUGGUCUUGGGUCAUAGGCUUGUUAUCGCUUAGUUCCCCCUUACUUGUUUUUUAAUGUUAAAUUUGUAGUCAUAAAAUGUUUUUUUUGUUUGUUUGUAACCUGCAAGAAUAUAUCCCUAUGUUACCAUACGUGUUCCCAAUGUCUUAUUUCAGUUGAACCACCCAUCACACACAUGUUUUAUUUACUGGUUAGAAUAGGAAAUAUACUUGAUAUAUGCUGUUAAGCCUCUAUGUAAAUAUCUCAUUGCUUGCAGCAUUCUAAUUUUGCUGUAAUGUCCUCUGCAGAAAAAAACCCAGUAAUGUGUUCAAAUACUUGAUGAAUGACCUAACAAUCAACCUUUAGCAGUUGUGCCAAUAAUAAUGUCCUCUGUCAGAAGCAAAGGCA